CGGGUCGGUCGAGAUACUCUCCGGGUCCGGUCUUCCCCGUCAAGGUCUCGAAACCUCGGGAAUUAGGGAUUCUACUUAGCUCUUGAUCCGGUGCGUGUAUUAGUGGUGGGAUUACGCGAUAUCGCGAGGAUUACACCUCAAUGUGAAUUUUUGGAUUACGGUGAUUUUUGGUGAAGUGUUGUGGCAGUGACUACGAUACGACUGCGGUGAUUGCUAAGAUAAAUAAUUGCCGAAGAGAUCGACGCUGUUUGUGGCCAACGCGCAAAGUUCCGAAGCUGAAGAGUCACAGUAGGCUUAGCCCCGACGAAGCUUAAGCCCUUGUUCUAAUCGCUAGUAGUAGUGGGUACUGUGUGAAGAGUACUGCGAGUGUGAGAGAAGAGGAGUGUGUUGGGCGCUGAAGAGCCCAUAGCACCAUCCCGGAACGGAAUUUCAAGUGGCCACUUUGGCCGCAAAAGCUGGUUCCCGCCUCAAGUGGACAACCCAAGACACACGUUGGAGCAAGAGUGAGCGCGCGCGCAAAUUAUCCAACGGAUUCCGGCGUGGUCAACAGCAACACGUGUGGUGACAGGACAGGCCGUCGUGGAGUACCUGAAAAAUUCACCGUCGCAGCAGCAGCAGCAGCAAAAAAUGAUGUCAUUACACUAAAUGACCCGUUUCCCCCCAAAGAUCACCACCAUCAGUAUCCAUGUGGACCAAAUCGUCGACCAAAGAGGCAGCUAAAUAAGUCCAAAACAAAUAGGCGCUCAAAUCAAAGACACCAAGAAGUAGCAGGUAGAGGAAGUGACCGGAGACCAAAAAUUCACACCAAGCAAAGGCAAUAAAAAAUAACCAAAAAAAACUGGCGAACUCGGCGGAAAGUCAGCAGGUCCAACAUCUCAGGAUGCUGCAAAGUACGUUGGGGUCGGCCCAGCGGUUCAAGAAGCGCGAGCGGACGCAGAACUGGGCCUACGAGGAGAAGCACUUCCUGUUGGAGCUGUGCCGGAAGGACAUGCACAUCAUCGAGAACAAGCGGCUGGACAGUGCGUUGACGUCGCUGAAGAACCGGGCGUGGAAGAUCAUUCACCAGCAGUUUGCGAUCGCCUUCGGAACCGACCGGAACUGUAACCGGCUGAAGGAGCAGUGGAGGCGGAUGAAGGCCUGCACACGUGCCGAGAUGCUCGACUACCAGCAGCGGAUCCAGCGGUACGGCCAGGAGGUUGCGGACCGCAAGAAGCCCAGCCAGUUCACGUUCGAGAUCUGGGAGUUUAUGCAGGAGGCCAAAAAGGUGUGCAAGAACGAACUGAUGGACGACGUGGACUACUCGAAGAUGAAGCUCUCGCUCGAGGAGAACCUGCCGCAGGGCGUCUCCAUCAAGGAGUGCAGCGACGAGAACGACGACGAGAGUUCGUCGAUGUGGGACAAAAACUCGACCAAUCUGUGCGAGGUACAAAUCAAGGAGGACUCGUCAAUCGUCGACGAGGACGAAGGGGACGACGGUGGCUACGACAAAUGUGGCGGCCGUCCGGCCAAGUUCCCGCGGUUGGGCGCGCUGCCCAGUUCGUCACCGUAUUCCGUCGCCGACAGUGCCGCCGCCAGCAAAUUCAACGAACUGCUUGCGAGCAGCUUUGCCAGCCGGAUCAGCGAGUUGAGCAAUAAUAACAACAAUGUGGUUGGAGCGGGUGCGAAAGGGGUGGGCCUGGGCGACCUGGAGAGUUACUCGCGGUCGUUUGGGGCUGGAAGCGACCCGAAUGUGUCCGAUGUACCUGUGAACAUGUCCCAGACGGAUCUGAGCAGCACGCUUGAGGCGUUGAAUAUCUUGAAGAGUCGUUUUCACCGGUUGAACGAGCUCGGGCAGUGGAAGAACGCGUUUCACGAGGUUCAGAACUUGAGCACGAAUAGUCACCACCACAGUGAGGGUCACCAGCAUCGGCAGUCCCCGCAGCAGCACCAGCCACAGCAGGUUCAUCAUCACACGCGGGAGCUGCCUCAUCAUGGGCGGGAACUCCAGACGGCCAGCUCACCGAUUCCGGCCACGGUCAGUGCGUCGGCCACGACAAACAGUAGCAGCAGCAGCAACGGAAGUGCGAAUGCCGCAGCUGCCAAGUUGGCUUCGGAACAGCAGCAGCAGCACCAGCAAAGCGAACACGAGGUCCGGAUGGAGAUUCUGAAGUGCGACCUCGAGACGGCCAAAAUCAACAAAGAGACCGCCGAAAUCAACCGACAGAUUGCGCUGCAAAAGUUAAACAGCCUCAACAGUUGAGCUGCAGCGCUAGCUAAUCGCUGAGUCGGAGCCGAGUUGUUAUAAUAUACGUAAUUUCAUUCCAAAAUCAGUAGCUGUAGUAGUAUUAAAACCCCUCCCCCGUCGUACCACAGAGCGAUAGAUAGAUAGAGAGAGUAAUUUUCUAGCAAAUAUCUGCUGCUGCCCCUCAACGGUUUCGUAAACCGUCCUUACCCUAGAUGGACCACGCGGUCGAUCGCAAAAGAUGCUAGUACCGAAAACUAGGCUUUUCACACCUACCUCCUACUGCAUUUAAGUUAGGUUUUUCGAAAAAAAAAAGAAGAAGAAAAAGGCAUAAUUAUCACUCUCUUUUUUUGUAGAACAAAUUAAUUAAAACAAAAUCAUACGCGUAGCAGCAGCAGCCUCAGCAAAGUUCGGUGGGAGAGUUAGGUGUUAUUAUUUUAAAAGCACCUCACCACCAACCACCAACCCCUCAACACAUGUAAUAUUUAAUUUAAUGUAUCUCACCUCGAAGUAAUAACUAUGAACUUAUAUAAAGGUAUAACUGAAUAAAAGCCAAAUCCAACACUGCA